GCUAUAGUAACGCCAAUGACGCCCAGGGGUUCAUUUAGCUAGCAGUACAGCGGCGUUAGCUCACUUAUCUGAUGAUUUAACUCGCUAUAUUUCGACUUUAAGACACAUCAAUGUCUAGAAAGAGACAAAAAGAGAAAACAGACAAGGCGAAUGCUGAGGAAGAGGCCUCAAAAAAUACAGGACAGACUACAAAUGAAAAAUUGCCAGCGCAGACCUUUGAUGAAUAUCAGUGCUCAGGCAAUGUGGAGAUUGACUUCCCUGGGCUUUGUGCUAUUCUGGACAUGAAGGAUAUCCCAGCUGUCAACACGAAGCAACCAACGUCCUCCACCAGUGAAACUGAAGGAGGGGACACAGAUGACAGCCAGUCACAGAUAAAUGAUGCACCUUUCUGGUCUAAGCCACACCUCCAAGUGGAGCUGGAGACCGAAGACCCCCUCAGCGCCAAGAACCUGAAGGUUUCUGGAUGGAAGGUAGAUGAGCAGAUUGCCAGAGUGCUACAGAAGAUGCUUCUCUCCUUGAACAAGCUACAGAGCCUUCAGUUUUGGCAGGCGGGACUGACAGAUCGAAUGGUAAUCUCCCUCAUGAACACAAUAUCACUGUGCUCCAACCUCAGUGCUUUGGCAUUGGAGGGCAACCCUCUUCCAGAGUGGAGCUACCACCUUCUUCUCUCUGAAGACAGCGUCCUCUCUCACUUGUCCCUGCGAAAUAACCGGAUAGGAGACGAGGACGCUCGUGUAAUUGGGAUGGCUCUCUCAACCACCAGAUCUGCCAACAAGAACCUCAUAUCACUCAACCUGGCAUUCAAUUCUAUUGGUGAUGCAGGUGCUACACAUAUCGCACAGGGCCUGCGGUUGAAUCGUGCGUUGCUCUGUCUCUCACUGUCCAACAAUCAGAUUGGAGACUCGGGAGCUGCUCAUCUGGCUGAGGUACUAGGUGAGUUUGCUCUAACUCAUGAAGAAGUUGUGGAGAGAAGGAAGCUGCUUCUGGAAAGAACACAGUCUUCAUCUUUUAGGGUCGAUUCUGACCAAUCGCCUGCUGACCAAGUUCCCUCAGUACUCAGCAGCACUUCACUGAGCAUCAGCAAGGGGGAGAACAAAGGCACCUCCAAAAAGUCAAAGGAAGCAUCCAAAAAAGAUGAGAAACCAGCUGCCAACAAAGAGAACCCAAAGUCUAACAAGAAAUCUUCAGAUAUAAAGGUGCCUCAAAGUAAAGGUGGCAAGCUGGGGAGCAAAGAGAAACAACAAUCUGCACAGGAGGAUAAAUCAAGUACUGGCCUGAAUGAGGUAGAGGCGGUGGAGAUAGUGAACCCCCUGCUGGACCAGUUUGUGCAUUACAGGGACGGUGACAUUAUUCUGCCUGGAAACAGGACUCUCACCUCCCUCAACCUGGCAGGAAACAGAAUCACAGAGAAGUCGCUGCCUCUGUUCCUGACGUCACUAGAGAUGGAGGGAAGAGGCCUGCUGCGUCUCUGUCUGCAGAGAAACCGCUUCCCACCAGAGUGUGAGUGUUAUGUGAAGAUAAAGGAACUGAUGACACUCACUGAUCCACUCGAAAAAAACAGCUCUGAGCUGACAGAAGAGGAAGGACAGGGAGUAUAGUGCUGAGAACUGACAUGUACUUCUACAGACUUAUACUGUAAACUUUUAAUUUGGUGUACAACAAUAAAAAUACAUACAUAUA